AGUUUGUAAUUAGCAAUGACAAUUACUUUCUGAUUGACUGACAUAACUUCCUUACAUUAACAGGUGAUGGUAACACUGUUUCAUUUGAAGCCGUAAAGGAUAUUGCUCACUGCAGUUGCCAACAUGCAAUAUUGAUCUAUAAUUAUUCUCUGCUCUAGGGGAAUUAUUCUUCUUUGUCAUAAAUAACUGAUAAUCUUCUGUGUUUUGUAUUCUUAGUACAUGUCAUUACAAUAUACGUGCAUUCACUUACAAUACCGUGACAGCAAAAGUGAUGGAGGCAGACAACAGCUAUGUAAAUAAUCUGAAGAGAAAGUCAUAUCAGAUGUAUGGAGUAAGGAUGCCAGGGAGAUCUCAGAGUUUUAAUGAAUAUGGAGGACAGAGAAGUGGCAUUCAGAGAAGUGGUCAUCGCAGUGGACACCUGACCACCCUAGGAGACCUACCAAGGCACCUGAGGCAGUCAGGGCCAUAUGGGUCUUAUCCCUGGGUUAGGAAUGAACUUGCUAAUGUACAUGUGGGCAGGGUGUCUGCUGCACAUGAAGGGGACCACAGUGACAAGAAGACGGACAAUGAAAUUAGGUUGGAUAAUGUUUUUAGCAAAAGCAGAUCUUUAGAUGAAGCAAAUCUAAGUCAUUUGAGAAAACUACACAAUUAUCAAAAUGGCAACACUGAACCAAACUGUAGAAGUAAAUUUGCUUCAGACGUGCAGUCUUCUGGGCACAGGAAUUCUUCAAUUGAAUGGAAGAGGAGUGGCAGCACCGAAAUACCUCAAAUAUCCCAAUCAAAGGAAGUCACACAAGAGAAACACAUCACACCCAUGGUGUACAGCAGUAAAGUAAACAGCUCGGCCAUGUUUGCACAGACAGUGUUGCAUGAAAAUCAUGAGCAGCAAGCAGAAGGAAGGGUGACUUCUGUUGAAUGGCACAAGAAUGGAGGGUCCUUCCUCAAUGAACCCCGGCUUGACAGGGAGGCAAACAAAUGUGACUGUAUCAAUUCUAGUUCAUCGCCUCUUCAAGGAUCAGGUGAUGUGAAUGGUGGUCACCUCUCAGUAUUGUCCACUCCAAACAAAACAGGUGUCCGUCACUUGACAGAUAAUAUCAAAACACAAAUAAGUAAGACUAUUGGCUCAGAUGCCAAAACAACAUAUAUUUAUAAUAAGAGUGAUUAUUAUCAGGCACAGAACGGAUCUUCAUCAAAUGACAAGUAUUAUACAGCUGAGUUGCCUGUAUCUCCUACUAGCAUGGAAGGUGGAAAAAACUGGAAUAAAAUGCCCACUUUUCUUGGCGAAUCUCAGGAUUUUAAUGGGAAUACAAGAAUCGACAGACUUGAAAGUUAUGACUUUGCAUCCACAGGGCAUUUUGAUAAUAAAAACUGUGAACAACUAGAGAAAAUGCAUAUAAAUGAGCCUUUUUACAAGGUGGAAGAUCAGAGAAGUAUUUAUGAUAAUUCCAGAUUACAACAUAUAACACCAGCUGGUGGAGAUAAAUUAUUGGCCUGGGGACAGCCCGAUGACACACUAUCAUACAGAUCUGAAUGGUUUCAUAAAACACCAAAAAUAUCUCGCAUGCAAGGCACAGUUGGCCGUAGGCUUGAAUUUGAUGAGAGAUUGCGUCAAAGCAAAAACAGAGAGGGGGAUUUUCGACUGUCCUCCAAAGGUGACAUGAUUGAUACAGGGUAUGACAGACGGUGUCAUAGUACUGCUAGCAACAACUCUGAUUCUGAUCAGUUUAGCUCCUUUAAUAUUGAAAAAUGCACAUUUAACAAAGGGAGAUCGGAAAGCUGUUUUUACAGUACAGACAACACUAGAUUUUACAAUGGAAAGACCACACUUGAUGAUCAUUAUACAAGGCAGCUGCGAAAUAAAGCUGGAAUGCUUUUCACAGGGAACUACACAAAGUCUUCAGGGGAAAUUUUGCUACAGAAACCCGAGAGGAUGGUUUCAGCUUACCACACUUAUCCCAUGCAGAAAAAUAAUACCUCUAAGUCCUUGUUGAACAAUAAUGAUAACAAGUUAAAGCAUGCUGUUGGUGUAAAAUCAUCAGAAGAUAACAGAAUUGACAAUGCUGGUCUGGAUUUCUCUGUGAUUGAGAGUACCCCCACCCUUGACCUGCAUGCCAGUAAGGAGAAAAGUGUGUUACGUCACAAGGGCACCAUGGGUAAGAGACGCAAGCCAACCAGAAGCAGCAUACGCAGCAGCCUAGCAAGUGACACAGAUUCAAUGUUUGAAGACUCAACAGAGCCUAGGAAAUCAAGAGCCUCUUCUGAAGAAGAAGAAGUUUUUAAUGGAGAAGUGUCAUGGUUGCCUUCUGGUGAACAGAGUCGUCAUCAGAGUAUAGAAGAGGAGGGCAGUAAGCCCCCUCCAUUUCAAAGACCUGCAUUGCCUGGAAUGAAGCUCCCCAUGGUCUUACCUAGUCUUCUUGAAGGCAAACCUAAGCUUCGUAAGACAAAUGUCUCCAAGCCAGAUGGCGCAACAACCCCAGAGGCUGAUGGGACUGUUGAGUCCCCGCCUGCCUGGUUGAGAGAAGCCAAGGUGAAAAGGACCAAGACAUCACCACUACCUGCUAGGGAGGAGGUGCAAGCAGCUUUAUCCAGAAGGACUGCAGGUGAUGAAAGAGAGAAGAGGGAUGAAAGUCCUGAAAAGCCAUCUUGGAUGAAAGAUGCCUUGGGAAAGCAAAAGAGAGCAGAAGAAAAAAUGCAAGCCAAAGAAGCCAAAGAAAAUGAAAAUAAAGAAGAAAAGGCCUCUAUGAAUGAGAAAGAUAGAGAAUCAGCCACUGAAAAUGCCCACGUAGCUCCAUGGAUGAAGGAAUUAAGGAGAACAAGCAGAACAUCUCCACUAAGAGCCUUGCCUCCAGAACAAACAAGAUCAAGUACAGAGGAUGAUGCACCAGUCAUUGGAAACAAGAAUGAACUGCAGAACAGAUUUGCUGCUCUGCAGAGAAAGUCUGUCUCCCCAGACAAAAGUCUUUUACAGGAUCGACCCAAAUCACUUACUCCUGAGAAAGAUGUGAAAAGUGUAAAACAAGAUGCAUCAAAGUCUUUUGCACCAAAGAGGGAUGUAGAAAGUCCUAAAGAUGCUGAGCUAAAGGGUUUUUCACCAGAGAAAGAAUUGAGAAGUCCUCUGCAUACAGGAACAAGGUCUCUGACACCAGAGAAAGAAAUUCCCAGUGCAAAAUCACUUUUGCCAGAAAGAGAAUCAAUAAGUUCUCCACUGGAUAACUCAAAAGGUUUAACACCAGAAAAAGAACAGGUUGACUCCAAAUUAAUUUCACCGAUAAACUUUAGAAGUCCAGAACCCAAAGAAGACACUCCUUCAUGGCUUAAAAAGGGUCUAGCUAAAGAAAUAAGUAAGACACCACAUGACACCAGCAUGGCAGGACCUGAAAAAAGUCCACCAGUGCCAUUGCAGUCUGCAACGAGACCCAAUGACUUGGAUUUAUCUUCUUCUUUGGAGGAUAAAAAUGCUGGUAAGCCCCAUCCUUCAAGGUUCCAUCCCUCUCCAAAUGCUCCCUAUUCUGUGAUUCCAAAGGACAAAUCUUCUCCAAAAAGUGCCUCAUUACUAACUUCACCCCGUCCUUAUGCAAGGCCUGCUGGUAGUGAUAGUGGUAGGGCAAGCCCAGGGACUGCCUCUCCUCCAAAGCCUGCUCCCAAACCUAGAGACUUUAGUGCACUGACUACCAAAACUGAGGAGAGCAAGCUAACUGAAGUACCAUGGGGCAAUGCCAAAUCUCUGUUGUCUUCACCAAAAUAUGGCAUGAAGUCUAGAGAAUUAAAGCCCCUUGAUUCAAAGACUAGUGAUAUGAAACCUACUGCAUCUAAUGACUUCAAGUCUACUGAUUUGAAAACCAGUGAAUCAAAACCUAGCAUGUUAAAACCUAGUGAAUUGAAGCAUGAUGGAUUAAGACAUAGUGAAUUAAAACCAUUAGAACCAAAGUCUAGUCCAUUAAAACCUAGAGACUUAAAACCUAGCGAAUUAAAAUCAAGUGAUUCAAAACCAAGUCAUCUGAAACCUAGCAAAUCAAGACAGGUCACUUCCCCAUUGCUGUCUCCAAAAACUGAUUCAGCAGAGGUUCCUUCACCAACCUCUCCUACAUGGCUUUCCUCUCCAAGAAGAGCAGCUUCACCAAAACGUAGCCCAGUUGCCAAAGACCUCCCUGCUUCUCCGCCCAUGAUGCAACUUUCUUAUGUGGCCUCAUCUAGUUCAAAGACGAAGCCUCCCAUAAAGGACAUUUCCCACUUGGAGGUGGCAGGCAACAAGAAAGAUACAAUAAGGGAUGACAAGGAAAUUACAAAAAUAGACCACAAGAAAAUGGUUGACAAAAAUCUUCCACAACCAUCUGCUCCCGUAAUGGGACUGUCAUAUGGCAUUUCCCCAAGGUCAAGGUCAAGAGGUUCUGGAAUGAUGACAGCAGCUGGUGAUGGGAAGGUCACAGAUGAAAAUGUACCACCAAAAGAGGAAACUCAAAGAAAAGCCACCAGUAAACAUGAAGGCUCUGAAAAGACUUCGUCCACAGGUUUUGGGAAACCAGCAUAUACACCAAAGACAAUUCUGCCAAGUCUUGGGCAUCACCUUCCAGGAUCAUCUCCGCAGACCUCCCCCAGGGAACAUCUGGAUACCAAAGAUUCAUCAGUGCCUUCAUGGAAACUGGAGGCUGAUCGCAGACGGCAAACUGUGCCAGUGUCUUCACUCCGUAAUACUUCCACCCUCAACCCCACCCCCAAGACUGCUGAUAGCAAUACCCCACCUUGGAAAACAAACCUGGCAGAGAAAAGCAAAACCAGAACCUCUUCUGAUUCCAGCCGAACGUCCAACGAAGAGGACUCUCUGCAUCGCCCCUCUUCCCCAGUAGAUUCAACAAUUCCCCCAUGGAAACAGGAACUAGCUCUAAGGAAAAAGAGGAGUCCCAGAGUGAUAGACCCUCUCCCCAAGAAAGUGGAAGAGUUUGAGCCCGAGUGGAAGAAGCAAGCUGAACUAAAACGACUACGCUUACAACAAUCGGGAAUAUUGAAUGAAACCCAGCAGCAGACUUGAAGUGUGACAGAUAUGACCUACAGUUACAGAAUUGGGGAAAUUAGAUCUGCUCAUCCUCCUCAGUGCCAUGGUGCCACCUGGUAGCCAAGUCAAAUCUAACUGAGAUCACUAAAUCUUCAGAUAAUUAAAGCAGGUUGGCCAUCUGUGGAAGUCCUAAAUUAAUAAAUGAGGCAGUCGUGAAAAAAAAAUGGAGUGGAAGCCAAGAUUAUACAUUGAAAUUAGAUAGGAAAGGAAUGACAGUGAAUUUUAACCAGUGGCAGCCUGCUCAGGAGAUGGCACAGAUGUUGGAACCCAUAAACUUGAAGACAGUGUGUGUAUAGCCUUGCUUGAAUAAUCAUAUAUAGGUUUUAUAUAUACCAGUACAAUGGCUACAAAGUUACGGCUUCCUGACUUGUUCUUUUCUGUUUUUGUGAUUGUAAACCAGUGGCAUACAACUUCAUAUGACUAUUGUACUACAGUUAUACAAAAAUCUUAAAUACAAGUGCCACCCAACAAAGCAGAAAAUAUCUCACAUAUAGAAACAGACUAUUUUGCUUUGUUGCUCGGGUAUUGUUUAUUUCAAUUAUUAAGAUUGAUGCAGGGUUACUAAGAAAUUAGUGCCAAUACCAGCAGCCAGUUCUGCUCUGGUGGCAGCAUACAGUCAUUUAGGGUACUGGUAUUUCCAUGUUUUGUGAGUUAAGCUUUGAAAUUACAAUAAUUUGCUUGUAAGAAAUGUUUCUUUUUAUUCAAGCUGAAAGUUGUAGAUAGGCAGUGUCAGGUCAGCACUGCUAUUUCUCGUUUUAUGAAUUACCAAAUUCCCAUUGGGAACAUCCAAAUAUUUUUUGUCUCUUGAUGUUUCUGUCUAUGACAAUCUGUCAAAUCAGGGAUAAACAAUGGAGUCCAUAUGCCAAAAGAUCAGUGAGG